AUGUGCCGCAAGUGGACGUCCUCCCUCGUCGCCCAAUUUCUCGUCAUCUCCCCCGAACAGCUCACACCCGCCCUGAGUACGUUACCGACUUUCAGGGAGUAUGCCUCAUCUCCUGGUCGGUUUCGGGGCUUCUGCGGAGAUUGUGGCACAUCCAUUGCGUGGCGUUCGGCUGACUACACGCCCAUAUUUGAUCUGUAUCUUGGGACAAUAGACGAGGAGUAUCUGGUCGGGGACAGUUCUGUGGCGAAAAUGCUGGCGACGCCAAAUGGGACGCAAUACUGGUUGCAAAAUGUGAUUCAUGGCGUUACUGAUAAACUCAAAGGUGGAAAGGAGUACUCGGAAGAAGGUCCAGAUGGACUGCGUGGUGUCAACAAGGCCUGA